AUGAGACGUUUUGAUUUCAAGGGCGACGACGCUCAAUAUGUAUCUUUUCUUGAGGACAUCGUUCAAAAGUCCGGCUUGCUUCAGCCUGCAAAACUACCUCCCUCAACGGAAGGACAUACCCACUCAGCCUAUGUGAGUAGCAGAAACCGUCACCAGCAUACCCCACCAACUUCGGAAGACGAAGAAACAAUGGUAUCACGACAACUUCGGAUUAUCCAGUACGAUCCUUUUGAAACGGAGAAGAGCAACCGGCUUCGACCUAGCAAAGAACGAUGGCAGAAAGAGCUGGAUCGUCUUCUCUCAUUGGUACCAAACAUCGAGGCAUUAGAUACAAAGGCCCAGGAAAUGGGACUCGGAGAUAACCAAAUCGUUAUAUCUAGCCUAGUCGAUGGCUUCAUCAUUGGUAACCAUGGUGGCCCCGAUGCUACUAGCAUUCCACUACCUGAUUCCGGGUUUGUACUCGCACUUCGCAAAUAUGCUCUGUUCACGAAGAAAUCCCACAAUGAGGCACGGCUCCUUUCAUGUCUGGCGCGAUUUCAGGAACUUGUCUUUGUCUCUUUCUGUGAUGUUGCUCUUGGUCUAGGCGAAGCGAAAGACCGGGUCCACGACGCGAUGAGGCUUUACAUUUCGAACUCGGAAGGUCGAAACCUCGAUAAGAUUAUAUCUGGGGCGCGAUGGGUGAACCGAUGCAUCACAAGUCUCUCAAUAACACCGUGGGGCUCACGAAGUCCGGAGAUUUUUAUAUUAGGUGGGCAAACUACGAAUUUCUAUGGCCGAUACGCCGAAACAGGCUACAAAUGCACGCCAUAUUUCUUAAAUUUACUACAGCAGCGAGCAAAGGGGUUCUCGGGUGCGGAACAAACUACUAGAAUCCCCGUUUCUAUUCCGUGUAUAAUUAAAUUGUUAGCUGGUACCACGGCUGAACUAUCUGAUAUAUGUGAUGUUCUUGGAUACGAUUAUAGCCUUACAAGGGACCUAUUCCAAAGAUACUACGAUGGCAAAUUCACCGGUCUCAACAGUCAGCAAACACCCCCGUCGCCACCAAAGCGCCGAGGCAACACGAACUUUUGUGUAAACAGUCGGCAAGCGAAAAGACGCGCCCCUACGGAUUACUCCAAGAGACAUAUUUCGAAGUCAAUUCACGAGAUAGUGCGAAUCCCUCAAUUAGGUCCCCUGGCCGGGCGCCAUAAUAGUGAGCAAAUAUAUACUGAUCGCAAUGACUCAACGUCUUCGCCCGCGAUUAGUACCGGUGAUGGUUGCCCUGAUCCUGACACGUUUCAUCGCGUCGCUAGAGAACCCCCGGACUUCGACGUCUUUCAAUUUGAUUCUUCUCAAGCCCAAUUCGGGAUUCCUCCCGAAUUUGAUGUGUUCGAGUCUCCUUCCGCUCAAUCCUGUUAUCCUCCCGAAUUCAACAUAUUUCGUUUUGAUUCUCCUUCGGCUCGAUUAAAUAUACCUUCCAUAUUUAGUGAUAUCCAAUCCGAUCCUCCGACCGGCGCUCAAUUCGAUGUGUUCCAAUUUGAUAGCCUCUGCAAUACCAAUGACGGAGCUGCUGAUAUCUCUCGGGGUCUCGACCUCGAAGGGCAGAAUGCUGUUGGGCCAUCACUUCCAUCUAAUAUACAGGUAUAA